AUGUUCGAGAAGCCAGUUGGAGAACAUGCUCUGCAACAGCACGUUUUCAAACAAAUAUAUUUAACCACGGGAAUUGAGCCCUAUAGCGACUGCAAAAAUAGGUGCCUCAUGGAAAAUACCUGUGUGUCUAUGAACGUCGGUCCACCCAGCAAGAAUGGACUCAGGGUCUGUCAACUAAGUGAUUCUGAUCACAUUCAACAUCCAGAUGACCUGAAACCACGAGAAGGAUACCAGUAUUGGGCUACAAAGAAUCCAUGUUCAAGCAGCCCUUGUCUUCCUAAUGCAACCUGUCUAAAUGGGUUCACAGAUAAGAGAUACAUUUGCUUGUGUCCAGUUGGUUUCAAGAGAAAAAAAUGUGAAAGAAAAGUGUUUAAAGCAAUUUUUACAAAUCUCAAUGCCACUGGAAGAUAUGGUCCAACAACGCUGGGCAGUCACUACACAGGUCAGGAUCAUGACGGACAAGUUACACUGUCCAACGGUAUUCAACAAUGGACUGUGCCGUACACUGGUGACUACAAAAUAAGAGCGAUUGGAGCAGCAGGAGGGUACGAUUCAUACCCUAACAGCCCUGAAUACCGUGGAAGAGGAGCAAGAAUAGUUGGAGAAUUCCGUUUAAAGGAGGGUGAAGUUAUCCAGAUACUUGUAGGUCAAGAAGGAGGAAUAAACAAGAGGAAUGAAUCAUCUGGAGGUGGUGGAGGUACAUUUGUAGUGAGAGGAGCCGACACGCCUUUGAUAAUAGCUGGAGGCGGAGGAGGGAUAGAUUCUGCACAGUCAAGACAUGCAGGAUGUGACGCCAGCACAAACACAACAGGGAAUCUAGGAUACGAUUCAUGGUCAGGGGGGAGCAAUGGGCAUGGUGCGCAGACUGCUGAUGAUGGUAACUCAGGUGGCGGUGGUGGCUGGUUUUACUCCAGUGGAAGAAACGGAGAGAAUUUCAAUGGAACCAAGGGAGAGGGCGAAGAAGGUGGUAAUGGAUUUCUUCAGGGAGGGGAGGGUGGGAGAUCACUGCAUCAUAACGUUGUUGGUGGGUUUGGUGGAGGAGGUGGAGCUCAUGGAUGGGCAGGAGGAGGAGGAGGAGGAGGGUACUCUGGGGGAAGUAGUGGAAGUGGUAGUCAUGAUAGCUGUGGGGGAGGGGGUGGCUCUUACAACGAUGGAAAGAAACAGAAGAAUGAAUGUUGUUAUAACAAGGCUGGUCAUGGUCAGGUGAUUAUCGCGUUGCUGUAA